CAAGCGUCCUCGGUCAUGGAGCUAACCGGAGCCACCUUAUUCAUCGUUUCUCUCGCCUCAGUGGUGAUUCUAGCUUCCUUUCUGAGCCGCAAAUUAGCACCAAGUUCCAAGAGUAGGCGGCCUCCUGGCCCAUGGCGUCUGCCCUUGAUCGGAAACCUCCACCAGAUCGUCGGGGCCCAGCCGCCGGUCGUACUCCGGGACCUGGCCAAGAAGCACGGGCCGGUGAUGUACCUUCGGCUGGGCCAGGUCGACACCGUCGUGGUCUCCUCGCGGUCCGCCGCAGAGGAGCUGCUGCGGGAGAAGGACCUCUCCUUCGCGUCGCGGCCCAACCUUCUGGUCGCGGAGAUCAGCUUCUACGGCAACAUCGACAUCGCCAUGACCCCGUACGGCCCGUACUGGCGGACGCUGCGCAAGAUCUGCACCGUCGAGCUCCUCAGCGAGCGCAAGGUGAGGCACUUCUCGCCGGUGAGGGACAGCGAGACCAUGUCCCUCGUUCGGAACGUCCGCGAGGCCGCCGCCGCCUCGGGUGGCAACCCAUUCAACCUCGGCAGCCUGCUAAUUUCAUGCUCCAACUCGGUGACCGGGAAGGCGGUGUUCGGGGAGAAGUGCAGCCCCGAGCUCCAGGAGCAAUUUCUGUCGGCCAUGGAUGUGGUGCUUAAGCUCAGCGGGGCGCUCUGCAUCGGGGACCUCUUCCCGUCGCUGUGGUUCGUCGACGUGCUCACCGGGCUCAGAAGCAGGGUAUGGCGGGCCCGCCGGCAGCAGGACAAGGCCCUGGACAAGAUGAUCUCUCAGUCCGAGUCCAAGAUGCAGCGCGGUGAUCACCUUCUCGGCGUUUUGCUUAGGAUCAAGGACGAGGGGCAGCUUGAAUUCCCCAUGGAAAUGGAUAACGUCAAGGCAAUCAUAAUGGAUAUGUUCACGGCUGGGACGGAGACAACAUCAUCAGCAGCCGAGUGGGCCAUGUCGGAGCUCAUGAGGAACCCUGAGGUGAUGGCCAAGGCACAGGCUGAGGUGCGCCGAACAUUCGACGAUAAGAACCCACAAGAUCAUGAGGAACACGUUGCGGAGCUACACUACACGAAGAUGGUAAUCAAGGAGGCCAUGAGGCUAUAUCCAGUGGUACCAAUGUUAAUUCCCCAUGUCUGCCGAGAGACCUGCGACCUUGGCGGGUUUGAGGUCACCAAGGGUACAAGGGUUAUGGUCAAUACCUGGGCUUUUGGUAGGAACCCCGAGUAUUGGCAUGAGCCUGAGGAGUUCAAGCCAGAGAGGUUCGAGGACGGCACCGCAACCUACAAAGGAUCGCGGUUUGACUACUUGCCAUUCGGGAGCGGGAGGAGGAACUGCCCCGGUGAUAACUUUGGUUUGGCAGUGCUGCACCUCAUGGUGGCACGGCUUCUAUACUAUUUUGACUGGAGCCUCCCUGCUGGUGUGAAGCCGAGUGAGCUGGACAUGGAAAUGAGGGUUGGCAUGACCUUAAGGAGAAAGAACCAACUGCACCUAGUGGCGACACCAUAUAAGGCAUGCAGUUGAUAUUUGAACCAAACUUAUGCACCUUGUGGAGAAUAAUAAUAGUGGAGUUGUACACACGAUCGAGCCUGCACACUUGUGCGUACUCUGUAUAAGGUCCAGUUGUAAGGUUUGUGCGGUUUCUAGACGACGUUCAUCGCUAGUCAUGCUAAGUUUUCAUGCUCGUCUAUUGUUCGGCUAGGAACUGUUGUUCUGAUAUAUCAGAUCGUGAAGUGUUCGGAUAUGAAAUAAAAUGAAAAUAUGUUGUCCAA